AUGGAUGCCCUGCUCCCGGCCUCUGUGACGGACUGCGACACGGGAGGCAGCAGAAGAUUGACAGUAUCUGUUCGGCAACGGAUGAAGCGGAAGAAAACGGACGGACGGAAAGUAAUCUGUAUGAAAUCAGUCAGCACAAAGCUUUAUUCUGGUCUGAAGCAGGACAACCCAGAGAGUCCACAGAUCAGCGAGGAGCCAGAGGAACAUGGCAUCAAACUGGAGGAAGAUCUGCUGCAAAUAACUGUGGGAGUGAAGGCAGAAGAACACAGUCUGCUCCAGGAAAUCCCACAAAGUCCACAGACUAAAGAGGAGCCAGAGGAAGUGAGGAUCAAACACGAGGAGGAGCCGCUUCCUGUGUGUGUGAAGACAGAAGAGUGGUCACUGCCUCAAAGACAAAGUGAGCACAGAGAGGAGACACAGGGAGAAGACAUCAGCCCAGAGUCUGAGGGAGACACAGAGCACUCCUCUGACCACGACCAGGAUGAAGACCUUCAUCUUCAGCCUGUGUCCUCAGAGACAGAUGAUGAUGGAGACGACCACCACAGAACUCAUGUGUGUGUCAUGUGA